AAUAUUUUGUCUCGACUGAUCAUCUACUGUUAGGCGGUACAUAGUUCGCUGGGAGAGUUAGUUUUCUUAUAAAAAUUCUUUCAACGUAUAAUGUAGUAAUUGCAACGUUUUAAUGAAUUAAUGUCGUGAUCAUAUUUAAUCACAUCUAUCUGUCUGUACGAUACGGAUCUGUACAAUUUAGAGAAGUGAGAUUUAUAAAAGAAAUUACCUAAAUACUCACGACGAUUUUUAAGAUGGAGGACGUUAAAAGUUUGACUGAAUUUAUGUCAUCAUUUAUACUCUGUCUCUUAAUUCGACUGAGUAUGGUAAACAACAGAUUAUGUGGUAAGUUUAUCUGUAUAAACCUAGCGCCUAACUAAAUCGUAUAAAAGAAUUUAGUAUAUUGCCCUACCUACUGUGGGAAAGCAAUAAUUAUUCCGAAAAAACUAUCCAGUUGAGUCGGUAUAAUUUAAGCAAUCUGCCCGUAUCCAAUUUGUACUAAAAUUUUGGAAGCACGAGAAUCGAAUCUUUGACUUUCACUUUCAUUGAAGGCCCUUAUUCCAACCUCUAAACAAGGCACCUUUUUGGUCAAAGCACUCUUCUCCAAUCGUAAUAUACCUAAAUAUUUAAAACCAAAACAAUAUAAAAUCUUAAAAACAAUAACAACGUGCCCCAAUUUCAAAUCCGGUAAGCCCACCCAUCGGAUUCCAGUCCUCGGCAACACCGCUUAACCUGCCCCUACCACGUCGUAAAAGAAAGUACCUCUUUCCAAUAUAACCCGUAAUCGACGCACGCGCAUCUUAGUAUAGCGUGUAACCUUGAACGCGGCAAAUGUCAAAAUAAUCCAAGAUGGCGGCCAAAUUUUCCUUCGUUUUUCUUUUAAUUUUUUGUUCAAGUGUACAUAGUGCAUCCAUGUUAGAGAAAGGAUACGAUUAUUUUGUAAGUUUCGGUAAAAGUUUGGCGCCAAAUUUACUGUCAAUUUUCGAAUGUGUGAGCCAAGAUGACGCGUGGGGUUGUGCAAGAGAAAAGGCGGGAAAAAUGUUGGAUACGUGGGGGGAUGAAGUCGCGGCGGAGCAGAGGAGCUGGGAAGCUCAAGCGGAUGCUGAAGUCAGGACUUCGGGGAGGUCCUUCGAGGAAAUGCCUUCGAAACUCGGCAGAGAGAUCACCGAGUCACUGGGGACCCUGACCAACGUACUAGCUAGAGGGAUGGCCAGAGCGUUGGAGCGCAAACACGACAGCGGAGGCAUCGACAGCAUCACCAUCUCAACCAGCGACAAAAAGAAGAUGAAAAAGAAGAAGCAGAAACCAGCGAAGAUCCACCUCAUCCACCCCGUAGUCAUGCCUUUACGAAAGGCCCAAAAAGAAGAAAAAGGUCGGAGUUUCGGUGCAGUCCAAUCUUGGGUUAUCGGCGAAAGAGCUUUGCCAGUGAAGAAUGGAACUGGUUCUCCGAGGGGGGCGGUGUCUGAUCUGUGGGAGAUGGGGCACGAAGCACUUGAUACUUUGGCUGAACAGGUCGUGAAGAAUGAGGACCUGGAGAAUGGGAUACGGGAUAGGAGUUCUGUCGAAGAACAAAGAGGUAAGAAGAAGAAGAAAAAGAAGGCAAUCCUCAAGCUGUUGAUCUUAGGAGCCGUACUCAAAGCGAAGAUUGGAACUCUACUGCAAAUCUUGACUUACAAACUACAGAUUAAAUUCUUCAUCGUCGCCGUCAUAGGUCUGGCUAUCAACCUGGCUAGGCUCUGGAUAGACAUUAAGAAUAAACACAGCCAUCAGCCGCAGAAAAUAAUAUACUACGAGCACGCCCAACAUCAGCACCAUUACGAUCAUGAGGAGGAAGAGCACGGCUGGGGGCCGUGGUCGCGAAGCAUUCUGCCAGAUGAUGAAAGUGACCCAGAAGCGAGCGAAGUUUCACCCUACAAGGCGCAAGAGAGAAAUCCACUGAUAUAUAACCGUCCCUUUCUGUCGCGAGUGUAAACUAUAGCUGUCUCGCUCGCUCCAGUCAUAGGAUAAUGCGUGUUUGCAAUUGUGACACUUUUUUUUUAGUUUAGUAAUGUGCUUUAAUGUUAUUUGAAAAAAUAGGUAAAUUUUAAUGUUAUUUUAUAAUUAAUGCAUUUAGCCGUUGCUCAGCAAUUUUGAAAUUCGCUAUUGGGUAAAAAUCAUUGUAAGUUCGAUUCCAGGCAUUUUUUUUUGUGAGGCUAUACUUUAUAAUUUAAUUUAUUGUACUUCAAAAAAAUUUAAAGCCUCAUUUUGGCGGACUUUGAAAGUGACAAGUGUCAUAUCACGUGACACAAAUACUAAUGUUAAUUGUCAACGUCAAUGUACAAUCAUUCUAAAUGUCAUAAAACGAAACUUCAAACAAGUGAAUGUUUGACAAACUCAUCAAACCAGGAUUGGAUCAAUCCAAAAUCUACAUCAAAUCAAACAGGCCCAUCUCCUCGCGUCAUAAACAAACUUUUUAUAAAACAAAAUAUGCAUAGGUGAAACUCACUUACUCACAUAAUGCGUGUAAUUUUGACCACUUAAGAUUUAUAUCAAUGUGGUCACUGGCCAUGUGGUCAGGUGUCCGAGUUAAAGCGAAAGUCGACUAAUUAAAUAUAGGCUUGUUGAGAGAGUUGUUUCUUAAUGUCAUUCUUUUGACAUGUAAGUUUAUGCGGUUUGAUUUUUGUUGGCAUUGCUGUUAGAAACAUCAGUCGUGAUGACCUUGUGGGUCUAGGUGUAGUUUUGUGUGCAUGAGGGGCAGGUUCGAACCCAACUUGUGACUUUUCAAAGUAUUUCUUAAUAAUAUGCUUAAUAAUGGUAAGACACCACUGAUAAAAUGAAAAAUACAGGUAAUCUGAAUUGUGAAUUCGCCAUUCCAGUGGGCUAGCGUUGUGAACAAAUGCUUAGACCUUUCUUAGAUGGAAAGGGGGCUAUGCCCAGCGUUGGGGUAUUUAUUAAAACACUUUGUGAAAUAAAAGUUGUUUGUCCCACUGUUGGCCAUGGUGAUCAAGGUUUUUUUUUGAAAAAGGACAAAUCAUAAUCGCCACAUUUAUUUUGUUAAGACUCAAAUUCAUGUAGCCAAGUUGUCCAAUAUUGAAUCUAUGCUCUAAUGUAUUGCCAGUAAUAAAAAAGUGUCAGUGUUGCAAGCAAUAAGGAUAAUACCUAAGAAUAAUUAAAAUAAGGCAUUAUUAAUUAAUUUGUGGCCAUAGUGUGAAUG